AUGUCGGGAGAGCUCCGUAGGCUCGUAGAUACAAUUCCAGACCAUUCGAGGAAGAAGGAGUUCGACUCUGAAAUGGGUUCAUUUCUUCAGCUCUUCUCAAGAUAUCAACAGGAACGUAACAAGUGUCCGGAAUUGAACUGGGAUCUUAUCAGGGUUCCCGAUGUCGUCCAGUUGGAUUGCCUUAAUCCCAGCGUCAAUUUUACUGUUCUGAAUCAGCUUGCCAUUCUAAAAGUGAACGGCGGUUUAGGUACAUCUAUGGGAAUGACUGGAGCAAAGAGCGCGCUGACCGUUAAGGACGACUUGACAUUUCUUGACCUAACGAUUAUGCAAGUCAAGCAUCUCAACGAAACACAUCAUGUUGACGUUCCAUUGGUAUUUAUGACAUCUUUCAAUACCGAGGACGAUACCUUGCGGAUUGUCAGGAACUACGCCAAUCAGAACGUUCGUAUCACGACAUUCAACCAAUCCAGAUACCCCCGAAUCAUUCAGGACACACUUUUGCCUUCUCCCAGGCGUGCGGACGACGACAAGAAGAACUGGUAUCCGCCUGGACACGGCGAUCUAUACAAUGCUCUACUCCACUCUGGCGUACUCGAUCAGUUACUAGAGGAUGGAAAAGAGUAUCUUUUUGUAUCUAACUCUGAUAACUUGGGCGCAACGGUCGACACAAGAAUUAUGCAGUAUAUGAUCGACGAGCAAAUUGAAUUUCUCAUGGAGGUGACGGGCAAAACGAAGGCCGACUUACAGGGAGGCACUCUGGUCGAUCUCAACGGAUCACUCUGCCUACUUGAGUUAGGGCAGGUACCACCCCAGCAUAUAGAAGAUUUUCAAUCCGUGCGUAAGUUCGGCAUCGUGAACACGAACAAUCUGUGGAUAAAUCUUCGGGCUUUGAAGAGGAUCAUGGACAAGGGCCGCAUGGACUUGGACAUCAUCGUCACUCCGAACGCUACCAGCGAUGGUCAGUCAGUGAUUCAGCUCGAAACAGCUGCAGGAGCUGCGAUCAAGUAUUUUGAGAACGCACACGCAGUCAAUGUCCCUAGAAGCCGUUUCUUACCUGUGAAGAACUGUUCAGAUCUCCUUCUCAUCAAAAGCGGGAUAUACAAUAUUCAGAAUGGUCAAUUAGUAUUAGACUCGAAUAGAAUGUUCAACGCGACUCCCGUUAUCAAGCUGGGUGAACAUUUCAAGAACAUCCACGAGUUUCAGAGGCGGUUUAAACAAAUUCCCAAUAUCGUCGACCUGGAUCAUUUGACAGUUGCAGGAGAUGUCUAUUUUGGUCGAAGCGUCACUCUUCGGGGAACUGUCAUCGUCGUUGCAAAGGAUGGUCAGAAGAUUGACGUUCCUGAUGGGACCAUACUUGAGAACAGGCUAGUGUCAGGCAAUUUACUGAGUAUCAAGUCGACCGAAAUUAAGUGUUACCGCCGGUUGGGCAUACACUACCAUCGCCGGUUUGGCCUCUAG